AUGGCAAAGAUCAAGCGACAACAUUAUUUACUUAACGAAAGAGAUGAAUGUGGGAGAACACUACUUUACAUAGCAUCAAGAAAUGGUUUUCACAAUAUAUGCAAUUUUCUGCUAAAAUCUGGCUGUAAAAUUAACGAAGUUCAAAAUGGCGGAAGCACUGCCCUUCAUGCAGCAGCAUUUUAUGGACAUCAGUCAAUAGUUGAACUAUUACUCGAAUAUGGAGCGAAUCCAGAAAUGAAAAAUAAAUUUGGAAAUAAACCUACAGAAGAAGGUUGCAGUCAAAACAUCAAACUUUGCAUUAUGUCAAAAACUAACGAUCAAAUUCAUUCAUUGUUCAAUUCUUUGAAACAUCAAGGAUUAGCUGAACACUUGGUUAUUAUUAAACAUUCUGGCAGAAUCAUAGGUAAAAAGAUUUUGAGAAAUUCAGGAUGCGAACCACAAUAUUCACUGUCGGACACAACUAAGUUGUGGACAGUGGCUUGGCAUGGUACCAAGUACAAACAUUUAGAUUCGAUUGUGAAGUAUGGAUUACAUCCUGCUGGCUCUGUUUUAUCACCAGGAAAUCGGAUUUUUACACAAGCAGGUCAUAUUCCUUUACAUGUAAAAGUAGGAUCAUGCGAGAAUUGGGCAAAUGCAAUAUUCGUUUCACCAAGUAUAUUUUAUGCAGCAGAUGUAGUAUAUUCAGAAAGAAUAUUCUCAGAUAACCAACGAUGGUGUGUUUUAAUCGAAACACGAGUAAAACCAGGUUCAUUUUCAAAGCACAAACAGACACUUUUACAUGAAAGAGAAUUAUUACCAGGUGAACCAGCAGAUUUGGAGUUCAGAGUGGCCGUGAAAUCUGACAACGAUUUUAUACUGCGUGUGGGAUCAAAUAGAAAUGUUAUAGUCACUGCUGUGCUUUUUGUGAAUUUAACAUUUCUGGAAAAUAUCGAUGAGUACUAUCAAGGAGAAGAUUUAUUCGCAGAUUCAGAAGCUGAACGUGCUCUUUUUCAAUAG